GGCCUCGCGGCGACGAGGCGGACUGUGCGGCGAGGGGCGGGGCUGGGCGCGCGCUUCAACAUGGCGGCGAACGUGUUCCCGUUCCGCGACGUCCGUGCGGCGCCGGAUCCGGUGCUGCAGGCCGGCCCGGUGGCACACGGGUCGCUGCCGGUGCCACUAGUGAACGCACUGGGCAGCCUGGAGCCGCUGCGCUGGAUGCUGCGCUCGCCCUUCGACCGCAAUGUGCCGGUCAACCUGGAGCUGCAGGAGCUGCUGCUCGACUACAGCUUCCAACACCUGGGUGUCUCUUCACAGGGCUGUGUUGAUCAUCCCGUAGUUUUAACAGAAGCUGUGUGCAACCCACUGUAUUCACGGCAAAUGAUGUCUGAGCUGCUUUUUGAGUGCUACGGGAUUCCCAAGGUCGCCUAUGGAGUAGACAGCCUCUUCAGUUUCUACCACAAUAAGCCGAAGAACUCGAUGCCCAGUGGGCUUAUUGUUUCCUCUGGAUACCAGUGUACGCAUAUCUUACCCAUCUUAGAAGGGAGAUUAGAUGCUAAAAACUGCAAGCGCAUCAAUCUUGGAGGAAGCCAAGCAGCUGGCUACCUUCAGCGUCUUCUCCAGCUGAAGUAUCCUGGACACCUGGCAGCUAUCACUCUCAGCCGCAUGGAGGAGAUUCUGCACGAGCACAGCUAUAUCGCUGAGGACUAUGUGGAAGAAUUGCAGAAAUGGCGGUGCCCUGAUUAUUAUGAGAACAACGUCCACAAGAUGCAACUCCCGUUUUCUAGCAAGCUCCUCGGCAGCACUCUGACCUCUGAGGAAAAACAGGAAAGGCGGCAGCAGCAGUUGCGGCGUCUGCAGGAGCUCAAUGCCCGACGGCGGGAGGAGAAGCUGCAACUGGAUCAGGAGAGGCUGGACAGACUGCUCUAUGUCCAGGAACUUCUAGAGGAUGGCCAGAUGGAUCAAUUUCACAAAGCUCUGAUAGAGCUGAACAUGGAUUCCCCUGAAGAGCUGCAUUCCUACAUCCAGAAGCUCAGUUCAGCAGUGGAGCAAGCUAAGCAGAAAAUCCUCCAAGCAGAAGUCAACCUUGAGGUGGAUGUGGUAGACAGCAAGCCAGAGACACCUGACCUGGAGCAGUUGGAGCCAUCUUUGGAAGAUGUGGAAAACAUGAAUGAUUUCGAUCCCUUGUUUUCAGAGGAGACACCGGAAGUGGAGAAGCCGGUUGCCACUGUCCAGCCCGUGUUUAACUUGGCAGCAUAUCAUCAGCUGUUUGUUGGAACAGAAAGAAUUCGAGCUCCAGAAAUUAUUUUCCAGCCAUCUCUCAUAGGAGAAGAGCAGGCUGGGAUCGCAGAGACUCUUCAGUACAUCCUGGACAGGUACCCAAAGGAUGUUCAGGAGAUGCUGGUUCAGAACAUUUUCCUCACUGGUGGGAACACGAUGUAUCCUGGGAUGAAAGCCAGAAUGGAGAAGGAGCUGUUGGAGAUGAGACCCUUUCAGUCGUCUUUUCAGGUUCACCUUGCCUUGAAUCCUGUGCUAGACGCCUGGUACGGUGCUCGUGACUGGGCCUUGGCCCACCUAGAUGAUGAUGAAGCCUGGAUCACCAGGAAAGAAUAUGAAGAAAAGGGAGGAGAGUACCUCAAGGAGCAUUGUGCUUCCAAUGUCUACGUACCCAUCCGCCUGCCGAAGCAGGCCUCACGCACCUCAGAAGCCCAGGCGCCUGGCAAAGUCUCGGCAGCCGGUGGAGGUGGUGCUGGUGAGCAGGCGUAGCAGGGCCUUCAGAGGCUGCCACACACGAUGCCCUUAGUCCACAUAGGCAGCGUGACAGGACAGUGACUGUGCCAGAUGUGUCUGGUCCGAGUCUACUUGUCACAUUUGGCUGCAAAAUGGAUUUCUCCUGGGAAGAACAAAGUUAAGGGACCCUGGGAGCUGUCCUUGAGAAUUGCAUUCAUUUGGCAGUUAAUACAGUGAAGAAACAUUAAGUGGCCUGCUGGUGUCUUUGUUGAACUGGGAUCAGCUGUGGCGUCAGCUUCCUGCAGUAGGAAAUGAAUACAGAGUAGAGGACAGAGAUGUGCAAAAUAUACAAGACUUGACUUCUUACUGCAUUUCAAAGCCUUUUUUUUAUUUGAAAAAUUUUUUUAAAAU